AUGCAAACAAGCAAAGAACUCUACGAGGGAAAAGCCGAUAAAGACUAUGUCUUAGGCGAAUUCGACGUAAAGGCCGAUAAACGCCUUUUAGAAAGUAAAGUAAACCAUAGUCUAUUCAACAAAGCUACAGAUGAAAUCAACAAGAUGAUUAAAGAAGUUGAAGUUAAGUUGGAAGGAAACGAGAGCUCCAUGAAUAAUCUUUUCCAUCAGUUAACAGAAGAUGUGGACGGCAAACUUGAUAGGCUAGAAAUGGAUCCACUAAAGGGUUGGGUGGAAUCCCGAUUAAAAGAGUUAAACCAGAAGAUUGCCAAGUCACAACCCGGUUGGUCUGAUAAUGAUGCAGCAGGUUUACGUAAGCAGUUAAUUCAAAGAUUCCAUUGUCUUUCUUGUGAUAAAAGUAUCAAUAUGAUGCCGAAAAAUCCAAUACCUUCUUUGCCAUCGCAGGCCAGUAUGUCAAACACGCGAUCACCAAGGCCAUACACUAUAUUUGAACUAAAUCAAAUUAGGCAACAUUCGUCUAAAGGAAUCAUUAACCAGAACAUUAUGAAUUUUGAACGCGCUCUACUAGAGAGACAACUUGCCAGAAUCCGAAAAUCAGACGUACGAGCCUUCAUCGUCCACUAUUCCAAUGAACUGGAAUCCUUGGGAUUAAGAAAAAGCGUUGCUUUUGCUAGAAACCAAGACGUCAGUGAUUACUACGCAAGGACGAGGGCUUGUGGUGGUCUUCAUACGAUGACUUUCCCACAUAGAAGAACUAUCCUGCAGUUUUAA